AUGGAAGCUCCAGGAUCCAAAAGAAAGCGAUUGUCAAAUCGUUCUGUUUAUCUUCCUAAUCAUGUGAUUGAUAGGAUUUUUACCUUUUUACCUAUUAAGGAUGUUAUUUCUUCUUCUGCCGUAGCUAGUCCAUUUUUAAAUUCCUGGAUGUAUGCUCGCAAUUUGCGUUUUGAUAGAAUCUUUAAGAGCAAUUGUGGUAGGGAUGAUAUCUCAAUAAUCAAUAAAAUCAUAAGUGGUCAUUUAGGAAAGAAAAUUUACAGUUUUCAUUUGUACAUUCCUGCGCCAAAUAGGUACUCACUUUUUCUUCAGGAGUGGAUUCAAAUUGUUGCAUCAAAGGGCAUAGAAGAGCUCGAGAUAGAUUUAUGGUUUACACCUGAUAAUGAAGAUACUUACUAUAUGCAUUCUGAUUUUAUUGAUAUUGAAACUCUUCGAAGUGUAAAAUUGUUCAAUUGUGAGUUGCGUUUAUCGCCAAACUUAAAAGGCUUAUGA